UUUGCCAAUGGCAACCCUCAAAAGCUUGGUAGCGACAUCUCCGGUUGUUAUGUGGUUUAAUAUUUUGUCCUAAUAAUUUUAAUAGCGCAUGAUUUAAGUCUAUUUUGAUAUUUAUUUCAAGAUAUAAACAUGUCUGAAAAAUACGAUAAAAACGGGUACAAUAGCAGUGAUUUCAAACGUAAUUCUAAUCAAGAUCCUAAUGCUGAAAAUCUUGGAGAUCAAGAUGGCGAAAACAACCCCGUUAAUGAAAAAGCCGGUGAAUAUAUGCGGGAAUUGUUGAGUGAAAAGAUUAAAUUAAAUAAUGGGAAGUUUCCAUUGUCGACGAGGCUUCUUGAUCAAGAGGUGGUCAGAGUGCAAGCUAAUGGUCGAGUGCCGCAGAACGACUCCAAAUAUGUUGAUGUUUAUAGAGACAAGGCGGUCAAAGUGACCGUUAAAGUGUUGGUACCAGUGAAAGAUCAUCCAAAGUUCAACUUUGUGGGCAAGCUACUAGGGCCUAAAGGCAACACAAUGAAACAACUGCAAGAGGAAACAAUGUGCAAAAUGGCUGUACUUGGCAGGGGCUCAGUAAGAGACAGACAGAAGGAAGAAGAGCUUCGUAACUCAUUGGAUCCUAAGUAUGCACAUUUGAUGGAUGAGCUCCAUGUAGAGAUAUCUGCACUAGCACCGCCUGCAGAAGCUCAUGCAAGGAUUGCAUAUGCCCUAGCUGAGGUCAAGAAAUAUCUGAUACCAGAUUCAAAUGAUUUUAUUCGACAGAAUCAGAUACGAGAUAUGACUGAAAGAGAUGUUGGACCCGGUAUGGGUCCUGGCCCAGGGCCUGGUCCGGGACGUCGUGCCUUGCUAGAGGGGCCUGAAGUAAGGGCCAAGAAUGUUAUGUACAGUGCAUGUACCGUAACAAAACGGUCCUUCUCCUACAGAGACCCAAUUCUUAACCAAUCUGAAGCUCCAGGCGGUCGUCCUCUGCCGAACCGCGGAGCGCCAGGCAAGACUAAAGUGCUGAGCAUUCUAGAUAGGGCUCGCACAGCUAUGGAGACUUCGUACCCCUAUGAGGAUCCAUAUGCAGUAGCUGAACCUCCGGUGCGCGGUGUGCCUCGUGUGCCACAUGAAGAGUUCUACUACGACCGUGGUCAGGACCGGUUCUACGAGGAGCCGUACUACAAGGAGGAGAGGGAGUAAAAGCCGGUGCGGGACGUGGGCACUCGGCGCGCGCCGCGCUACCCCCGCGCAGCGCCAUACGCACGACCGACCAAGUAGAUCGAGCGCAGGUAAGAAACACGAACACCACGCGAGCGGUGAGUAAGAAAACGAAGGACGCAUAAUAAAAAAUCCAGUAAAAAAAGAAGCAAAAAAGAAGGCCUUAAAAA